AUGCACGAACUGGCAGCUAUUCUCAAAGAGGUUAAGGGUACUAAAACAACUGGUCCAGUCUUGAUACGUGUUGUCACCGAGAAAGGUCGGGGGUAUCCAUAUGCUGAGAAAGCUGCAGACAAAUACCAUGGGGUUACCAAGUUUGAUCCUGCAACUGGAAAGCAAUUCAAGGGCAGUGCUACUACACAGUCUUACACAACAUACUUUGCAGAGGCUUUGAUUGCAGAAGCAGAAGUGGACAAGGAUGUUGUUGCCAUUCAUGCUGCAAUGGGAGGUGGAACAGGCCUAAAUCUCUUCCUUCGUCGUUUCCCAAGGAGAUGCUUUGACGUUGGAAUAGCGGAACAGCAUGCAGUUACAUUUGCUGCAGGAUUAGCCUGUGAAGGCCUUAAACCUUUUUGUGCAAUCUACUCAUCUUUCAUGCAGAGGGCUUAUGACCAGGUAGUACAUGAUGUGGAUUUGCAGAAACUGCCUGUGAGAUUUGCAAUGGACAGAGCUGGGAUGGUUGGAGCAGACGGUCCUACACGUUGUGGAGCUUUUGAUGUCACUUUUAUGGCAUGUCUCCCUAACAUGGUGGUGAUGACUCCUUCUGAUGAGGCAGAACUUUUUCACAUGGUCGCCACAGCUGCCGCUAUAGAUGAUCGUCCUAGCUGUUUUCGAUACCCGAGAGGUAAUGGUAUUGGUGUUCAGCUGCCACGAAACAAAGGUAUUCCUCUUGAGGUUGGAAAAGGCAGGAUAUUGGUUGAAGGGAAAAGAGUAGCACUCUUGGCUUACGGGAGUUUGGCUGCUGCCUCUUUAGUCGAACCCCAUGGCUUACAUAUAACAGUAGCAGAUGCUAGAUUCUGUAAACCUUUGGAUCACGCCCUCGUUCGAGUCCUAGCAAAAUCACAUGAAGUUUUGAUAACAGUUAAAGAAGGAACGAUAGGGGGCUUUGGAUCUCAUGUUGCUCAUUUUCUGGCCCUUGCUGUUCUUCUUGAUGGCAAACUGAAGGUACUGAUUUAA